AUAAAACAUGAAGCUGGAUGAAUGGAGGAAAUGGACUUUGGCCAUGUGACCUCCAAAACAGGAAGAAGGCUCAAGAAGUGAGUCAGAGAGUCCCGCUCACCGCAGGAGAGAGCAGAGGAGCUGGUACCGGCACCGGCACCGGAGUCGGCACCGGAGUCAUGGCGUGCUGCGGUCUGUGUCAGUAUGAAACCAACAAACUGGUCCGGAUCCAGAGUGUCCGCCUCGGAUCUCUCAAGUGGAGCCUGAACGCAGUCAUCCUGCUCGUCAUCUGCCUCAUGAUGCUGUGGAACAGGAAGUACCAGCAGUUCGACCUGGUGGUGAGCUCCGUGACCACCAAGAUGAAGGGCGUGGCUCAGAUCCAGCUGCCCGGAGAGGGCCAGCUGGUGUGGGACUCGGUGGACUACAGCGGCCCCGCUCAGGAGAAAAACUCCUUUUUCGUGAUGACCAAUGUGAUCGUGACGAAGGGGCAGAAGCAGGGAAAAUGCCCCGAGGUGCCCUGGAACGGCAGGCUGUGUGUCAGCGACAAGGACUGUCAGAAAGGAGCGUCCACCCCGCAGAGCAACGGAGUUCAGACCGGAUCCUGUGUCAAGUUUGACCUUCUGAAGAAAACCUGCGAGGUUUCUGCCUGGUGUCCCGUCGAAGCCACUAAAGCGCCUCCUCGACCUGCUCUGCUGGCAGCAGCUGAGAACUUCACUGUCCUCAUCAAAAACAACAUCCGCUUCCCCGCCUUCAACUUCACCCGGAGGAACAUCCUCCCCUGGAUGAAUGAUUCCUACCUGAAGAGCUGCCAGAGGAAGACCGACUCGCUGUGUCCCAUCUUCAGACUGGGAGACAUCGUCAGAGAGGCGGGGGAGUCCUUCACCGAGAUGGCGGUGGAGGGAGGCGUCCUCGCCGUCCAGAUCAAGUGGGACUGUAACCUGGACUAUGUGCUGCAGCACUGCCGGCCCUGGUACUCCUUCAGGAGGCUGGACGAGAAGCAGAGCAACAAGACGCUGUACCCCGGCCUCAACUUCAGGUUCGCCAAGUACAACAUGGUGAACGGUGUGGAGGAGCGCACGCUGUACAAGGCCUUCGGCAUCAGGUUUGACGUCAUAGUGUUCGGCCAGGCUGGAAAAUUCAGCAUCAUCUCUCUGAUCAUCUACAUCGGUUCGACGCUGUCUUACUACGCUCUGACCACGGUGCUGCUGGACUGGCUGAUCGGGACCAGCUGCUACUCCGCAGAGAUCGGACAGAACUACUCUGAGAAGAAGGUGGAGUCGCUGCCGGACAAGCAGGAGUGCAUCCUGUGUGUGUCCUAUGUGGACGAGGACGACCUGCGAAUGGUGAAGAAGAGCAAGAAGAAGAGCUUACAAGACGUCAAACCGGCUUCUGUUCGUCCCCGAAAGGAGGAGGGCGGUCACCUGCGUGCGGCUCUGUGCCUCCUGCAGGCCGGUGCGGACCCCCGCGGUCCGCCGGGCGUGAAGCCCGCCACCCGGCCCGCCGCCCGGCCCGCCUGGUGCUCGUGCGGCUGCUGCGCGCCGUGCGCCCGGCCCCACGAGGAGCUGUGCUGCAGGAGGACCGACGGGGCCUGCGUCGCCUCCUCGCCCGUGUUUGAGCAGCUGGUGCUGCAGCGCCCCCUGCUGGAGGCGGUGCUGCUGUACGAGGACCCCCUGUCCUCCCCGGGCCAGGGGACUCGCACGGCGGCUCUACGCCACUGCGCCUACAGACAGUACAUCAGCUGGAGGUUCGGGGCCCCGCCUGCAGAGGCCCACCCCGUCAUCCCCAGCUGCUGCGUGUGGAGGAUCCGGGAGGAGUACCCCAGCCCGCAGGGACACUACCGGGGCUUCACGCCCUCCAACGCCACCAGACAGGGCGACGAUGACGGACAGCUGUGAGUGAGAAGACCUGGCUCGGCAGGAAAUCACUUCUCACCAUGGCGAUAACGAAAAAUGCAAAGUAAAGCACUGUCUCCUCCAAGCUGCUGUGUGUUUCACACCGUGGAAGAAUGAACGUUCACACAGAUAUGCAUCAAUGGCAGAGACUGUAAAUCCUUCAGAAGACGUCAGUCCCACUAAUGGAGGUCGCUGUCUUUGUCUGUCCUGCCCUUUCUCUCCUCCUGACCUCUAACCCUAGCCAUAACAGAAGCCUUCUUCUCUCUGGAUCUGCAGCUUCCUUCCUGUAAAUUGAGUUUUUCCUUCCUUCUUCUCUGCUUGUUC